AUGCAGAACUGGCAGCAAAAUGGCCAGGCUGAUUCUGCCCAAAGCCACAAUAACAUAUGGUCGGGCUCCUAUGCGUUCCCUGAUGGAUCCAACCAAUUCGAUGCCACCCAAAAUUGGCAGCAUCAAAUCCCUAACCAGAGUGCCUUUCCACAACUAGCCCCACGUGGAGGUAACGCCAACGAGAAUAAUCUCUAUGCUUCACCGCAUCAAGGUCAUGCCGUCGUCGCCAACGAUCACAAUGGCAUGUCAACAUUGAACCAUGGCAACUUCCAUAAUGGCCAAUUCGCGCUGGACAAUUCAUACACAGACGCUGGCCAAGAAGACCCCUUGGCCAGUCUAGGUGAAUUUCCACAAGACUUAUAUGGCCGGCCAGGCAAAGCCGAUUUCACUGCAAACAUCGACGGCCUCAACCAUGGUCACACACCUGAGUUCUCACAGCAACAGUUCCAGUACAACGGCCAAGCCAACCAACUGUUCAAUGGAAAUGUUUCCCAGUAUGCUGAGGCGCAACUCAUGCCUCAGCAUGGUCACCAAUCACAGGCGCAGCUACAGCAGCGCUUCGACUCUGUUCCUCAGUCUUUCUCUCCAGCUCCUCAAGGCUACGUCCAGUCACCUCAACAACAUCAGGCUCAGCCUGAGAGAGUAUUUUCUCAAUCACCUCAUCCCUUCCAGGCGCAGCCGCCUCGUCAACAGAACAACAGCCAGGGAUUUUCCACUCAGACUCCGCCGCCACCUUUCCAGCAAAGCCAGGCGCCGCAAUACCAGCAGGACAAGUUCGUUCCCCAGCAGAUGUCCUAUGCUCAGCCUGUAGCAAGACCGCCAUUUCAGGCCGUUGCCGCAAGGCAGAUGCCAGGUCAAGACUCAGCUGCUCGGCAAUCUCCACAGCCCCAGCACCAACCUGCACACCAGGCCAAAUCAGUUCCUUCACCAGCUCGUCAAGUUCAACCGCAGCAGCCUCAACCGCAGCCGCAGCUGCAGCAGCAUAAUCAUCAACAACAUACGUUGCAGCCAUCGCAACCGCUGCUCAUCGCUGCAGCACCAGUUUCUCAACCCGGAACGCCCAUCAUUGACCCCGCCCUCCAACCUGAGCCAGUGUCGCUGAAGAAGCGCAAGCGUGUUGUGAAGAAAGAGCCCGAGCCUGAACAAGCCGACUCCCCUGGCGAUGCCACCGUUAAAAAGGGAGAGGAUGGGGAAACGCUGGUCUUGCCCUCGAGUACUGAAGAAGAGAUGGCUCUCCAAGCACAGUUCAAGAAACGCAACGCCGCGUCCAAGAAGCAGUUUCCUCCCAUUCCCGGAGCCUCAUUUCUUGUUACCUCUGGUACGACUAAGUUGAUCCCGCCCAAGAGCUAUGACCGACUCGCGCCACUAGUUGCUUUGUCAUCGCCCAAUGGCAGACGCAUCUUGCCCGAACUCCGCCCCGACCUUCCCUGUGAGAUUCAAGGCAGAUUCAUGGAGAAUUAUAGGCCGUCCCCAAACUUUGUCGGAAAGCCCGAUGAUCGCGAGGCGGAGGCAAGGCCUCUCAUCGAGCAGUAUCAACGUGAGAUGACGAGCCUAGGCCUCCGGCGACCCAAAUACGCCGACUACCCGUUCGCAUUCCAGGAGCAACUUAAGGCCGAUGAAGCAGCCAAAUCCAAAGCCCAGAGAAAGGCUAGAAAGGAGGAGGAGGAGGAACGAAAGAAGCCCAUUCGUCCUGAGAAGCGGCCCGCAGAUCCUAUUGAGGGUGCUGUUUGGGACAUCCUCGGCAUUGUUUACAUUGAUCCUUCCGCGACCAGAACGAAUGCGCUCAUUGCUGGUGCUGUUCAAUCUCUGGGUGAAUUUUUCAUCAAGCUGAGAUCGGAAGCGGUCCGCUUGAAGCAGGAGGCCGACCACGCAGCAAAAGAUAACAAGCCUGAGAAAGAAAUUGCGGAGUGGAAUAAAAAGUUGGACGUCAAGAAGGAAACCUUCACUCGAGUUUGCGAAGCGGCAGCUAAGCACGGCGAUGAGGCCGUGCUGGAGAACUUUGGCAGUCAUCAAAAGGGCAUAUUGAGUCUGGUGAACAUGUUGAUAGGCGCCAUAAAGGCUGGUGAUCUCAGUGGACCUCUACCCAAGGCUCUUCUUCGCUUCAUGUCAAACAUCAGCAUGUUCAAGAAGGUCACAGAAGCUGUCAACUUUGAGAACGUGCGAAAGCGCCUUGCUGAGAAGGGCGAUGCUGAGGUCAAGGACUUGGUUCGUACGAUAGCAUCGAGGAUCAAGAAAGACACAGAACCAGUCAAUGCGGUCGAGAUCAAGAAGACAUCGUCAGCAGCCCCUAUCAGCAAAGUCCUUAAGCCGGCCGCUAAGCCUGCUGAUGGCUCUCCUGCCAAGAGAGUCCGCGAUGAGGAAAGUGAUUCUCGCGUCACCAAGAAGCUAGCCGUCGAGUCAACAAGUAGCGUGUUGGGCAACAAACUGGGUGCGAAGCCGGUUGCUGGGACUCUACAGUCCAAGUUUGGUGCUGGCGCGAAGCGUCCAGCGCAAACGUCUACCCUUGCCAGCAAAAUCCGGGCUCCAAAGCCAGUCACGACAAGAGACCCUCCCAAGGUCGAGCCUUCAAAAUUCGAAGGACCAAACACAACCACGCCUAUGGAUGUUGACAAGAAGCCAGCAGCAUCCGCUGUGAAACCCGAGUCGAGGGUGUCUGCUGUCAAGACGGCCGUCUCUAGCGGUUCUUCGUUGUCCAGCAUCGCUUCUCUACUCGACUCCAUCACCGCGCCCAAGCAGGACGGUCCUUCAACACAGGCGAAAGAUUCGAGCAAAAAAGAUAUCUCAGAGACACCCGAGCAGAAGGCAAAGCGGCUUCGCAAAGAGGCCCGCCGCCAUCUACGUGUCAGCUUCAAGCCCCCCGAGGAGCUGGUGGAGAUUCGUAUUUUCACCAAAGAGGUCGCAGAAGGCGAGGACAAUAUGACCAAGGACGCAGCGGAUGAUCGGUCUGAGGGAAUGAUGCUAAAGCAGCGUAACUACAAUGAGGACGACGAUGAGGACGACGAACUGCCAGAGAAGCCUUGGGCCAGGCCAACUCUCGUCGACCUUUCUGGAAUCCCCGAAGACAUUCGUAACAAGUCCUACGUCACUCGUGGUGGUAACCUGACUCUCCAUACGGAGGAGCAAAAGUUCAUAGAGGAACGAGAGAAGAAGGAACUGAUGGUUACCUAUAUGGACGUUUCAGAUAUUCCGCCUACGCCAAAAUCUCCAGCCCCUGAGUUUGCGACAGUCAUGAGCGAUUCUGAGGGCAAAGUCUACCAGCUACCGCAGGGUGAGCCGAAAUACGACGAGAUCCACAAGCGCUGGAAGGAGACACAGACAUUCGGGUGGGAAGCGGCACAGUACUAUGCUCGCAAGCGCCUCGAUGCCAAGGAUGACCCGGGUGCAAAGCUCAACUCUAUUCUAGGCAACCUCAAGCCAAUCGCCCCAGCAGUCGAGCCCGAACCGUACAACAUGACGCCGCCCAAGGAGAAUGCGCAGCCAGUUAUCCCUCCCGCAGCCGAGAUGCAGCUUGUUCCGGCGCUUCCUUUCGACGACAAAGUACACAGCAUUCUCACCUCAGACGAGGUGAAGACCUGGCAGGACGCCAACCCAUUCAACUCGGCUGCUCCGCAGACUCAUCGACGCUACGAUUAUCCGGACCCAGCUGUUCAAGCAGCCGCCGACCAGGUUGAGGAGGCAGCUGAGACAUUACGAGGACUGCCAUACCCGGCCACUAGUCCACCAGCAUACCUGGCAAACAAUCAGGAGAGAACGAGAGAGUGGUGGGCUGGAUACCAGAAGGACUCAACGGCGAGAGCCAAGAAGGACGCAGAGGAUGCAGCUCGCAAUGCGCCUCAGAACGAGGCACAGACUCAGCAGCCCGCCGCGCCUGAAACCCAAGAACAGCAGUGGGCAGCUUAUUAUCAGCAACAGCAACAAUAUGCCCAGUAUAUGGCCAUGCUACAGGGCGGGCAACCCCAGCAACCAGCUCUACCAGCUCCAACCCCGGCGCCCGCGACACAACCUGCACAGUUGGGUGACUCCCAGCUUCAAGCGAUGCUCGCCCAGAUGGGACAACAGCAGCCGGGGUCUCAAGGCAAUGCAUAUGGGCUCAACCCGUCAGACACUGGUUACCAGCAGUUGAUGAUGCUGGCGCAGCUCCAGCAACAGCCUCAGCAGCAGCAAGCACCGCCUCCCCCGGCUGUUCCACAGUCUCCGCCUGACCACGAAACGAGCUCGUACAAGCCUCCUCACCUUCAGCGCCAGCUGGUAGACUACAGCGACCGAGACACCAGGGACGAAUUCGAGCAACACGGUGGACGUGAGCGGGAUAGGGACCGCGGUCGUGAUCGCGAGCGCGAAGGAAAGGGGGGUAAGCAGGGUAAAAACCGCAAGGGCAACGCUCCGGGCGGCGCCACGCUCGCUCCCCAUCGCCCUGUCAAUCGUGCUCUCAUCGGAACCAAGCCUUGCAGCUUUUGGCAGCAGGGCAAGUGCGCUAGAGGCGAGAAGUGCACUUUCAGACACGACAACUAA